UCGUCCCUCAUUCACGCACAGCUCAGACUCGUCUUUGCGUCCUUACUUGAGUGCGGUGUGUGUGUGUGUAGACCCAGCGGUCAGCAUUGUGUCUAAUAUUUGGUCUCAGGGGAGGCAUGUCAACCUCAACUUCCCCGCCUUCCUCGGUGGAGGUAGUUGGAACUGAGGGGUGUUUCCCCCCCGGAUACAAGCCUUUCAAACCCGAAGAGCACGGCCUGGAUCGCGGGUUCCGUCUCACAGCCUUUUCAGAACUAAAAGGAUGAGGCUGCAAGGUCCCGCAGGAGGCUCUGCUCAAACUCCUGGCGGGACUGGAGCCAGACCGAGCCGACGGAACAGACAAGGCUGGAGACCAAGCUUCGGAGUUCGGCCAACAGUUGCCUGGACCGCGGCUUGGUAUAGGAAUGGACAGCUGUGUGAUUCCCCUGAGGCAUGGAGGGUUGUCUCUGGUUCAGACAACCGAUUUCUUUUACCCCCUGGUGGAAGAUCCAUACAUGAUGGGGAGGAUAGCGUGUGCGAACGUCCUCAGCGAUCUCUACGCCAUGGGCAUCACGGAGUGCGACAACAUGCUGAUGCUGCUGAGCGUCAGCCAGAAGAUGAAUGAAAAGGAUCGUGAACGAGUGAUGCCACUGAUGAUUGGAGGGUUUCGUGAUGCAGCAGAGGAGGGAGGGACGUCUGUAACAGGCGGCCAGACGGUGAUCAACCCCUGGAUCAUCGUAGGAGGUGUAGCAUCAGUCGUCUGCCAGCCCAAUGAGUUCAUCAUGCCUGAUGGUGCUGUUCCAGGUGAUGUCCUGGUUCUGACUAAACCUCUGGGGACUCGAGUAGCUGUGAACGCUCAUCAGUGGCUCGAUCAGCCUGAAAAGUGGAACAAGAUCAAGCUUGUCGUCACCAAAGAGGAAGUGAGAGAGGCGUAUCAGGAAGCCAUGUUCUCCAUGGCAACGCUGAACCGAACAGCCGCAGGCCUAAUGCACAAGUUCCAGGCCCACGCUGCCACGGAUGUGACGGGUUUCGGCUUGUUGGGGCACGCCAACAACCUGGCAGCACAGCAGCGGAACGAGGUGGCCUUCAUCAUCCACAACCUGCCAAUCAUCGCCAAGAUGAGUGCCAUCAGUAAAGCCUGUGGAAACCUGUUCAACCUGCUGCAGGGCACGUCAGCAGAGACUUCCGGUGGGCUGCUGGUGUGUUUACCUCGAGAGCAGGCAGCCAAGUUCUGCUCCGAGAUGAAGAGCCUCAGCUGUGGAGCAGGAGGUCAGGGCUCUUCAGGAGCGUGGAUCAUCGGAAUUGUAGAGAAAGGCGACCGGCGAGCUCGCAUCAUCGACAAGCCCCGCAUCAUCGAGGUGCCGCCAAGAGGGAGCCCAGCAGCACAUCAGGACAACAGCGCCACCAGCCCCGACGCAAACACCAGUUUGUCCUAGAAACUGCCAACAGUCUGGCUGUUCGUCUUAUUUUUAGGUAAAAUGGUGAGAGUGCACAGACUAAACCCGCAUGAUGCGUUGAGGAAGAGUCGGAUCAGCAUGCAGCAUAUUCAUCCAUCUUUAUGUAGAGCUGUUCAAACAAGUCGAAUGCUUCUUUUUCCGAUCAUGUCAGUUCAGGGAAGUAUGGUGUACAUUCUCACCUCACCCUUUUAUUUAAAGCUUCACAGCUGGUUUCCAACUUUUCUUUCCUGAUCGAUUGAAAACAGCUGUUUUCGUUUAAUUUAUCUGAAAUCCACAGCGGUCUCUGGAAAAACAAAUGUUUGAUAAAGGGGGAGGUAACAUUCCAGAUCACUCAGCAAGAAAAACAAAUCUGUGUUUGAGUAUUUAAUCAUCUGGUUGGAUGAAAUGAGACGUUGGUGAGUUCAUCAUCCUGGCACCUGGAUCUGCCCACAGCUCAGAGGAAGGCUUGAGCAGCUUCCUUUGGGACCAGCUGGGUGGGGUCCAGGACUUCUGCCUCUGACAGCUGAUUGGCCGUCCUGCACAGAGUCCCUCCCACUCUUCCUUUUUAAUGAAGCUCUGCCGAUUAAACCCCAACCUGGGGCCAGGGAGAGCGGAUGUUUGCCUUUUGGAUUAGGGUUCGGACUCUGAGUGCUGGAAGUCUAAAGCUGUGUGUUUGUAGAUUUUUGUUUUGCUUUUCACAAUCAAUAAAUCACCAUCAACUCAGA